CUUCUGGUCAGAGUCCAGGUACAAGCGGUGUGUUGGAUCGUCGUCUGAUGUAGAGAUCUCCCCGACAUUCGGAAUUGUCACAGAGUUACCUGUCAGCAUGCCUAGGGGUCAGAAGAGUAAGCUCCGCGCCCGUGCAAAAUGCCGUCAGGCUCGAGAACAGCACCAGAAUGUGAUGGGCGUUCCAGCCAUGGCAGGAGUGGAAGAACCAGCCUGUUCCCCCUCUUCUACUUGUGUCAAGAAGGCUCCCAAGAGUUCAGCUACUUCUGGAGCCACCAGCAGUCCUCAAGAGCCUCCGAGAGCUCCACGCACCAACACUGCUGCUGUACCUGUUUCACAUGCAAGAUCCAAUAACCGAGCAAGGGGAAGGCCAAGAUCCUCACAGGUCCAGUCUGUCUUUGAGUACCACACUAAAGGCCCUCUAGACAAGGUAGUAGUUCUUCUGGUGCAAUACCUGCUGCGCAAAUAUCAAAUGAGAGAGCCUGUUUCAAAGGCAGAUAUUCUGAAAAAUGUAAUUGGUUUGCCCAAGAGCUAUUUCCAUGAGAUCCUGAUGAAAGCUUCUGAAUACAUGGAGCUGAUCUUUGGCCUUGACAUAAAGAAGCUGGAUCUCAAUAGGCACAUCUAUAUCCUCAUCAACAAAUUGGAGAUAGGCUAUGAUGAAAAUCCGGGUGAUAAUGGAGGAAUCCCCAUAACUGGCUUGCUAAUGACUAUCUUAGGUGUGAUCUUCACAAGGGGAAAUUGUGCCACUGAGGAGCAAAUAUGGCAAUUGUUAAAUUUGAUGGGAAUAUAUGCUGGGAAGAAGCAUUUCCUUUUUGGGGAGCCCCAAAAGCUCAUCACCAUUGAUUUGGUGAAAGCAAAAUACCUAGAGUACCAGCAGGUGCCUGAUAGUAUCCCUCCAUGCUAUCAAUUCCUGUGGGGCCCCAGAGCCCAUGCUAAAAUAAAUAAAAUGAAAGUCCUUGAAUUUUUAGCCAAGGCCCAUAAUACUGUUCCUACUGCCUUUACAUUCUGGUAUCAGGAGGCUUUGAAAGAUGAGGAAGAGCGAGCCCAAGCCAGAGUUAUGGCUAGGGCUCGCAUUAAAGUCAUGGCUGAUGCACGUUUGAGGGGCUGUACAUCAAGCCCUCCAGAGACAAGUAGAAUAUGAGUCAUCCCCUCAUUCUGUGGUUGAUAAAAAGAAAAAGCAUUUUUUUAAGUGGUGAAAGGCCGGGAUAGAAGCAAAGGCAACAUAGUAUAUAGCACAGUUUUUAUUUUCUUUUUUCUUCAAUAAGUUUUAAGCAAAAUCUUGUUCUUUUUUAUCAGAAUGCUUGAGUAGCUUUAGAAUCUAAGUUUGUGUGUAAUAUUUUCAUUCAUUGGAAUGAAUGAAAUGUAAGAAUAAAGAUUUCACUACAUUGUAAAGUAAGCUAGAAAAUGAUCCAUGAUAUUUAGUGAUUUAGAAUAACAUAAUGUAACAGUAAAUUAACUAUAUUGUUGGA